CAGCAUGAUCUGGGAUGCCACAAUGGAGCCAGGUCUCUGUAAACAUGUGAGUCUUAUGUUCCUGCGACCAGACAUUAGCCAGGACCAGGCUUGGUGGGGGAAUAGCCUUAGGUCCUAGCUGGGUUACUUUAGCUCCCAUCUCGGCUCUCAUCCCUUCCUCCUGCAGCGGUCACUCCGCCGCGUGUCAGAUGUCUAUGUGUUGUUAACAAUUUCUCCAUUUCCAUUUACCUUCAAGAGGUAUAUAAUUAUUCUUUAUUUCAUGAAAAAAAAAGUAAAGACUUGAGAAAAGUCCUAAAAUGAAAACAAAUGUGUCUUUUCUCUUCUUUCCUAUUUAUCAUGUCAUGAAGUGGUGACCCUUCGAAGGGGCCCAGCACCCAGGUUGGGGAACUUUUGGACUAAGCUACCAAAUAUAAUAUACUAUAUAUGUUUAAAUUAGCUCCACCUCAAACACAUUGUUGCUGCAAAAUUGGCAAUCUCAUAAUGCCAUCUACUGUAUAUGAUUGUUGUAGCUUUUUCUCUUAUAAUGUGUUGUAAGGGUUGUAAGUGUUCAGGCUGAGGCUCAGGCAUUCACUUCAGUUUUGUAAUGUCAAAGCUUAUUGGCCAGAGCCCAACCUGCAAGGAACUCCACGUGAGUGCUAAUCCUCUCUUGUGCAGCUCACGUACAGACUGCCUCCUGCUAACUGGGGACAGGGGAACAGUGGUAUGUAAUAAUCCCCUCCACACCCCCACCUCUCCACAACAAUACUCUACAGAUUUUAGUUAGAAGAAGCAUUUUGCAAUACAGACUCACUAAAUUUCUUUUGCUCAGAUUGUGUAUUUUUAAACGCCUCCCCGUGUAGAUUUCCUUCUGUUAGUGUGAAGACUGUUUAAUUCAGUUUACUUCAAUUUAGGGUCAUUUUUCUUAGUGUUUUUUCUAACACCUCAGACAAUGGGAAUUUACUCUGCAGUCAAUAUUUCAGAUGAUCUUGCACUUUACAGGGGGAAAAGUGCCUUUACCCAACUGGAGCACAACAUAGUGGCUGGAUAUCUUAUAACUGCAGGUAUCGUAAGUUUAACAAGCAACAUUGUGGUGCUGCUGAUGUUUGUGAAGUUUAAGGAGCUGCGCACUGCCACCAACUUUAUUAUAAUCAACCUGGCUUUGACUGACAUUGGAGUGGCCGGCAUCGGAUAUCCCAUGUCAGCUGCCUCAGACAUCCACGGCAGCUGGAAAUUUGGCUACACGGGUUGUCAGAUCUAUGCAGCUCUCAACAUCUUCUUUGGCAUGGCCAGUAUCGGCCUGCUGACUGUGGUGGCCAUCGACCGCUACCUCACCAUCUGCAGACCAGACAUAGGGCAGAAAAUGACUAUGCGAUCAUACAACCUUCUUAUUCUGGCAGCGUGGCUCAAUGCUGUGUUCUGGUCCUCCAUGCCUAUAGUGGGCUGGGCUGCUUAUGCCCCUGACCCCACUGGAGCCACAUGCACCAUCAACUGGAGACAGAAUGAUGCCUCCUUCAUCUCUUACACGAUGGCUGUGAUUGUUGUGAACUUUGUGUUGCCUCUGACUGCCAUGCUUUACUGCUACUACAACGUGUCAGUCACUGUGAGGACAUACAAAGCCAGAAACUGCCUGGACAGCAUCAAUGUCGACUGGUCAGAUCAGAUGGAUGUCACCAAGAUGUCCAUAGUAAUGAUUGCCAUGUUCCUGGUGGCCUGGUCUCCGUACUCCAUCGUGUGUCUCUGGGCAUCAUUUGGUGACCCCAAGACCAUCCCUGCACCCAUGGCUAUCAUCGCUCCACUCUUUGCCAAGUCCUCCACCUUUUACAACCCCUGCAUUUAUGUUAUUGCCAACAGAAAGUUCAGAAGAGCCAUCAUAGGGAUGAUCCGAUGCCAAACCAGGCAACGAAUCACCAUCAAUACCCAGGUUGCCAUGACAACCUCCCAACAACCCCUGACUCAGUGAGGUGAAAUUGCAUCAGCAUCACAUUGUAUUGUUAAAACCAUGUAUAGAAGACUGCUAUGAUGAAAUAACGUGAAUCACUCUCAGUGUUUUUCUCUCUAUUCUAGCAGUUUUUUCUGUUGAAUAAUCUGCACUGUGGUGUUUACUGUGUACAUUCCACUUGCUGUGACAUUGUUGUCAUUGUUUGUGUUCUCGGUACUUCAAUAACAA